GUCUGGGAGCACAAGUCUCUUUCGCGGAUGGUGAUGCAUCUACUGAGGGCAGAGUCGAGGUCAGAUUCCAGAACGGCGAUACAACAUUUGUCUACAGCAUCUGCGACGAAGGCUGGGACUGGGCUGAUGCACACAUCGCUUGCACAGAUCGAGAACGCCCGUAUGGCCCUGUCCUAGAAUUAGUGGGAGGGUCCUACUUUGGCGAGCAUCCUGCUUCAGCAUCCGGUUCUUACGAACAGUUUGAUGGCUUCCUGGCGUCCGGCAUGCAGUGCAAUUCCUCUGCGACGUACGAGAAUCUCAUCGGCUGUCCCAACUCUGGCUGGUUUCCCAGGAACUGCAACAAGAGUGCAGGGGUCAAGUGCCGAAGACACCCAGCUGUGGCUCCGAUCAGCAUCACACUCAGUGGCGGUAUGUCGGAGUACGACGGGUUUGUCGACGCGGUCGUCAACGACGCGCUUGGAGGGGCCGUUUGUAGCCUGAAUGACUUGACCCUCAGGGAAGGUGACGUAUUCUGCCGAUCCCUGGGAUACGGCUACGCCCUCAGUGUAUCUGAGGAGAAGAGUAGCAAAGGACCAGUCGUCAUCAACCUCCGCUGCUACGGGAAUGAGCAGACUCUUACUGAGUGCCUGUACGGCACCUCUGGAACCUGUAACAAAGAACACAAUUUCGUUGCAAAGGUCACCUGCAGUGGGCCCCUUGGAUCCAAUGAGUAUCCUGUGGAGCUCACCAACCAACUGGGCUCGAGAGGCAAAGAGGGACUCUUGCGAAUCCUCCGAGACGGCCGCUGGGGAACCGUCUGCAAGACAGGUUGGACCAAGGAAGACGCACAGGUGGUGUGCCGCCAGCUGGGCUAUUCCUCUGUCGUCAGCUACGUGUCUGAUGACGCAAGCGGAAGUGGACCGAUCUACUUGAGUAACGUUGACUGCGACGGGACUGAGCCGAGUUUGGACCAGUGUCAGCAUGACGGCUGGGGUGUCCAUGAGGGAUGUAGCCACAUGAUGGACGUGUAUGUCAAGUGCGGAUCAGCAAUGACGGUGUGUAACACCAUACUGAUUGCAGCCCUGGCUAGCCUGGCGAAGUUUCUCAGUUCCUAGUGAUGGACAGACGACUUCAGAAAUAUUUGGAAAAUCAUUUGUUGUGAUGGUCGUUUGGCUCAAAUUGAGCUCAAGUUGAAACAUGUAGAGUUACUGUAGAAAGCGUGGUGUUACUGAAAUGAAACUGAAAUAACAAUUAAACUUAUAACUGAGAAACAAAUCAGGGAAAACAUGUUUAAUGUUACUGAAUUUAUUGUUUUUUACUUAUGCAUUUAUAAAGUUCAACGAGCCACUGAAAUUUGUUUUAACCUCAU